AUGGAGCAUUCUGGUGGAGAUCUAUUCUUUAAAGUUGAAAAGUUGCUAUUUGAAGAAUUGUUUGACUGGUCAGACCCUAAACAGAGAUGUAAUGUGCACAACUUGAACACUGCCAAAAGGAAACUGAGACGUCAGAGCAGUACACCUGCUGGAAACCUAGUGCACAUGAAUGGUCAAAAGAUUGCUUUAUUUCGUUAUAGUCAUCGUGUAUAUGCCAUUAACGAACAGUGUCCACAUGCAGGUGGUCCUCUUCACAUUGGUGAUAUAGAAGAACUCCCUGGCAAUUCUUUAUGCUUGAGAUGCCCAUGGCACAGCUGGAAAUUUGACUUGGAAACUGGCAAAGUGAAGCAUCCAAAUGGACGGGAUAUCAAAACUGUUGUGUACCCCACUAAAAUAGACGAUGAUGGCAAUAUAUACAUAGGCUUUGACCAGUUUUCAUCACAUGUAUUCCAAUCCUUAGACUUUUAA